AUGGAUAACGGAGAGGGCUCAUCGCUGACUCCGUCCCAGGCAGUGCCAAUCUCAUCGUCUGUUCGAUCGUCAUCUCCCGCUCCUGAUCAAGGGAAUCGACAGGCUUCGAUCGCUCGACUCGCUUCACCAGUGCCCUCGCCAUCUUUCGGAACUUCAUACUCUUCCCGACCUGGUGGCACUGCUAGUCGUCCGAUCACAUCUCAGAUCACUCAUCCGACCGCCUCAGAAGAACACGACUUUAAAGCUGUUGAUAACCCAUCUUCGUUGCCCGGUCCAGGGCAGUCUAUGAUUGCUUCGCAGCUACAACACAGCCUUAGUCGCUCACCUCCGAGGUUUGGCACCCCCGCACGGCUUGCUGGGUCACCAACGCCCCACUCUUUCCUCGAUAACCGACCGAUCGCCUCACAGUACGGCUCCUUCGACAACAAGAGUGGUAUAGACACUGCUGCUCCAUAUGAAGACCCAGAGGUGGUAAAAAGGCAUCUUGUGCGCCCACAAAAUGGUUCUGAGCUGCGAGAUGCAGGCUCGGAGCUCGGAACCAGCCUCGGCGGUGACGAGCAUUUCUCAAGUCUACAGCUGCAGGGCGGUGAUAUCACUCGCCAGGUCUACCGAUGGGCAGAGGAUGCAGAAGCUGAGGCUGCGGGCAGAUUCACUCGCAGCAAAAGUUUCAGUGUCAGUCGACCCACCCCCGAAGUUGAGACCGAAGACAUACACACUAUACAAGUUCCAGGAGGCUUCCGCAGAGAUUAUCUACGGAGAUCUGCUGCCAGCCCUCACCGUGGGCCUUCCAACGGAUCUAGUUCAGGAUCACAAGCCCAACCCCAGCCCCAGCUCCCAACUACAAGCUUUUUGGAAUUCUUGACUCUUUACGGUCACUUUGCUGGAGAAGAGCUGGAGGAAGACGACGAGGUCUUGGGCCCUGAUGAGUAUUUCUCAUCUGAUACCUGGGACGAUCAAGACGAAGGCAGAGAGAUCGGGGAAGCUGCCGCUUUACUUCAAGGAGACUCAGCUGGCCAUAAAAAACGGAAGCACAAGAAACGAGCACCUCCAGGAACAACCACUGCUACAGGUGCAGUUCUCUUGUUGCUCAAGUCCUUUGUAGGUACUGGAAUUCUAUUUCUACCUCGGGCCUUUUUGAACGGAGGCAUGCUCUUCAGCAGCUUGGUCCUUCUGGCAGUCUCCAUUCUGAGCUACUACGCCUUCAUCCUGUUGGUUAACACCCGCAUGAAGAUCGAGGGCUCUUUUGGUGAUAUUGGAGGUAUUCUUUACGGAAAACACAUGCGGCGUAUCAUCCUUGGCUCUAUCGUGCUGAGCCAAUUGGGAUUCGUCGGUGCAUACAUCGUCUUCGUCUCACAGAAUCUGCAGGCUUUCGUCUUAGCUGUGAGCAAGUGUGUGACAUUUAUAGACAUCAAGGUCAUGGUACUGUUGCAAGUAAUCAUCUUCUUGCCCCUCUCCCUGAUUCGCGACAUCAGCAAACUUGGGUUCACUGCACUUAUUGCUGAUGCGUUUAUCUUGAUGGGUCUUUUGUACAUCUACUACUACGACGCCCGCACUCUGAUCAGUAAUGGUGGCAUCUCGGAUAUUGAAGCCUUUAACCCGGCAACCUGGUCCAUGUUCAUCGGCACUGCCAUCUUCACCUAUGAGGGAAUUGGUCUUAUCAUCCCCAUCCAGGAAUCGAUGAAGCAGCCCCAACGAUUCCCUGGUAUCCUAGCCGGUGUUAUGGUCGUCAUCACCUUGAUCUUCCUUUCUGCGGGUGCCCUGAGCUACGCCGCUUAUGGAUCGGCCACCAAAACCGUUAUUCUCCUCAACCUUCCCCAGGAUGACAAGCUUGUCAACGUGGUUCAACUGCUCUACUCACUUGCCAUCUUGCUCAGCACACCACUCCAACUCUUCCCCGCCAUCCGUAUUAUGGAGAACGAGUUAUUCACCCGCAGCGGAAAGUACAACCCGUAUAUCAAGUGGAAGAAGAAUGCCUUCCGCUUCUUCUUGGUAUUCGUCUGUGCUAUUAUCGCUGUGUGCGGCGCUGAUGAUCUCGACAAGUUCGUUUCGCUUGUUGGAAGCUUUGCAUGUGUGCCGUUGAUCUAUGUGUACCCACCUCUUCUACAUCUUCGCGCAUGUGCGCGCUCUAGGCGCCAAGUCAUUGCCGACAUAACCCUUGCUAUCUUCGGCGUUAUUGGGUGUAUCUACACCACCUCUCUGACCAUCAAAAAUUGGAUAGGAGGCCAGGUUGUUGUAUCUCCCGGAUACUGCGACCCUCAGUAA